GAUGGCAAAAUAAUGUCCACUUGUAGAAGAAUGAAAUUAGAUCCAGAUUUGCCACCCUGAACAGAAGCUCAGCUGCAAUGGAUCAAAAUCUUAAUGCAAAACCUGAACCCUGAAACUACUAGAAGAAAAAAGGCAGUACCCUACAGGAUACAGGUACAGGAAAGGACUUUUUGAAUACGGUUCCAUCCACACAGGAGUUAAUAAAUGAACAGGAUCUCAUAAAACUAGAAAUCUGUAUAGCAAAUGAAAUAAUCAAGUAAAUAGGAAGGUCACAUGCUUUGGAUCUUUGCCAGUUAUACUUUUGUGAGGAGAAUACUAUGCAGAAUAUACAGGGAACUCAAAACAAACAACUCAAUAACCAAUCAAGAAAGCAAGUAGGUCAAAUGAAAUGGGCAAGGGAUCUACAGAGAAGAUUCAGAAAGAAGAAAUAAAAAUGGCUGACAAAAAUUGUCCAGCAUUCUUAGAAGCUAUAGAAUUUCAAAGUAAAAGUACUUGAAGAUUACAUUUUACACCAGACAGAUGGCCAAGAACAAGAAAACAGCUGACAACAAACUCUUGAGAGGAAGUUUGGAUAAGGAAACCUGUCAUCCAUCUAUGGUGUGAGUGCAAUCUACAGCAAUCAGAAUGGAAAAAGGGGUGGAGAAUUCUGAAAACCUGAAUGUACACUACUUUAUGACCCAGCUAAAUAACAUAUGCAUAUAUGUUGGCAUAUGUCUAAAGAGGCCAAUAUCCUAAUUCACAGAUACUUGCUAACUGUGUUCAUUGUCAAUCUCUUCAGAAUAUUUAGCUGGAAGGGAAACCAUCUAUGAUUUACCACUACAGAAUGGUACAUAUAUAAUGAAAUAUUACUUGUGUGCAAGGAGACAAGGUUCCUUCAACCACAUCACCUCAUUACGUGUUAUUGCUUCUAGAUAGGACAUGUUGACAUCUCCACACUCCACCCUGUUGGGCUAAAGUCCCAAAGAGAAAGAAUGGAGCCAGUUCUUCAAUUGUUGAUCAAAGAUUCCAUUGUUGGGCUCUGUUUUAUAAAGGGAAUGGACUUGUCCCAUCACUCACUUGAGAACAGCUCCAGAGCCUCCUCCAAGAUGCUGGCAGUUCUGUUCACAGCGACCUUGCUGGUCCUGAGCUCAGCUCAGACCCCCAGUGAAGAGGCCGCCACUGAGGCUCCUGCUGCCGCCCCUGCAGAUCCUGUGGAGCAAAGCCAGAGUGAAGCCCCAGAGCCCUCUGCUGAUGAUGGGGUUGAAAAUAGUGACCCACAAAACGAGCCUGAGCCAGAAGGGGAACAAGUGUCCUCUGAUGAUGAUGCAAAUGAAGUGACUGAUACACAACAAGAACCAGCAGCAGAAGAGUCUGAAGACCAACCUUCCUCUCCUCCUGAAAACCCACAAGAACCACCCCAAGAAGAAAACCCCCCACAAGACUCUUCUCCUCCAGUGGAUGACCAUAAACCUCAUGUUUGGGGUCCUUUUGGUCCUCGUGGUCCUUUUCAUCCUUUCAUAGGCAAAAAAUGGAAUCCUCCUUCUUUUGACUUUGGAAGACUAGGGCGAUUCUUUAACAGAAGAGUGGCGGCAGCAAAUUAAUUAUUCUGUAGUUAGUUGAACGUUUUAAGUAGUUAUAGAGAGUGCCAGAGAAGAUUAUGUUCUUCAGACAAACAGGUCAAUGAACCAUUGUUGAUUGUCUACCUGACCCUAAUAAAAAUUUCAGCAUGCAA